AUGCACAAACUUCCCCUGUCUUUUGCUCUGCUCACCUACUGCGGCUACUGGAGACCAACAAAAUGGCCGUCUUCAUCGCUUAAAUAUCACCUGUACAAUGUUUACUCGGUGUUCAUGAUUUUACUACUGCAUUCUUUCUCGAUCUGUAUCUGUAUAGAUUCUUUAAUCAGCAAGAAUUUGAAAACCAUGACUGACAAAUUUUCCCUUGGCAUCUCGGUGUUUGCUGUCUGUCUCAAAGUGGCCAAUCUGUUCCUGCAACGAGGAAAAAUUAUAAACGUGAUGAAUAUCUUGUUAAAGGAGAAUUUCAUUCCGAGGGACAAGCAGGAAAAUAUUAUCCAACGGAGAAACGACAACUACGUUAGAAAACUAACGAUAUACUGCGAUGUCCUAAACAAAUCAGCAGUGAUCUUUGCGACAGUGCUACAAUACAAAAAGCUCAUAAGUACGAGGACGUUACCCCUGUCUGAUUGGGUGCCAUAUGACUUGUCUUCGGAUGAACUGUACACGAUAUCCUUGUUGUAUCAAACGAUUUGUCUAUUGAUCUGUGCAAACACCAGCGUAGGCCACGAAACCCUAAUCUCGGGCCUGAUGAUACAAGUUGGCGCGCAAUUCGAGAUAUUUUGUCAUCGUGCUCAAAAUUUCUCCUCUUUGUUGGUGGCAACGGGAAACAACAGCGUGUCUAGGCAGAAUUUGAAGACAAGAUAUCGAAAAAUUAUUAGGAACUUGGUUCGACAUCACCUCGAAGUUUACGAAUUCGUUGAAACAGUAAACACCGUGUUCCAAUACAUGAUUUUCCUACAGUUUUCCAUAAGCUCGCUGGUAAUGUGUCUGAGCAUCUACAAAAUUUCUACGAUAAAUCCGUUUAGUAUGAACUUCGUCUGGAGCGGUUCCUAUUUAUGCUGUAUACUUAUGCAAGUGUAUUUAUACUGCUGGUUUGGAAACGAGUUGACGUUGAAGAGCAACAAAGUAAGCGAUGCUAUUUACGAAAUGGACUGGACAGCACUUCCUGCUCACGUAGUAAAGGACUUAUUAUUGAUCAUAGUCAGAUGUAGGAGACCUGCCAGAAUGACCAGUGGUCACCUGGUUAUUUUAUCUGCGAAUUCUUUCAUGACAGUGAUUAAAAGCUCCUAUUCGAUGUAUAACGCGCUACAAAACACUCGAAAAUAGCAACGAACGACGUGAUGGGCCACGGUCGGAUCACCGGGGACCUUUAUCGAGCGCUUUCAUCCCAAUUUUCGUCCCAACGCCGUACAGUACAUAUGCCUUAAUAAUAACGCGAUUAUAAUAAGCUUAAUCGUAAUUUCUAUAAGAAUAAGAUCGCUGGAUCCAGCUAACAUAUUCGAAUUGGAAGGUGAGAGAAAUUUUCGAGGAGGCGCGAGCAGAAA